UAUCAGUUCAUCACUUCACUAUCGGUUACUGUUGCUCGCGGAGCCCCAAAGAGAGCAGCAGCUGAGUGACUUUUUGCUGCUGGUACGAAAGCACUUCCGCCGUUGGUCCUGUGUUACUUCUCAUUCUUGGGGUGUGAGACUUUCGUAUCGCGCUGUGUCUCUCACUCGAGUGGAAAGGUUAAAAGGCGUGGAUUCGUGUGUCUAUGGAGCAUCCCUAUUAGACAGUAAUUUAGCAGAGAAAACGCGAACGGAAGCAAAUUGUGCGCUUUUCCGGUGUUGUGGAAAGAGUAAGGUUUUAUUUUGGCCAAUUGGUUUAAUUUGGUGGAAACAUAUAAAGUUGAGGUGGUCGGAAACCGGGCAGCAGUUAGGAAGUGAUUGUUAUUUUUUUUUUCAAAGUGGCGCUAAGGCGAUAAAUGAUCCAAGAUGAAUAAGUAUUCGAUUGGAAGACUGUUAAUUUGUUUGCUGAUCGCGUUCGUUGCCAGUGCCCACAGUGCCAGCAGCUAUUUCUACGACUCGGACGAACGCUACCCGAACCUGUUGGACGAUGAUACAAUGGACAACGAUAAAAGUUUAAGCGACGACAGUUUACUAGACAGCGUGCUGCAACCUGGUGCCAAACGCUCCUCGCUAAUCCAGGUGUACCGCAGGGCGUGUAUCAAGCGGGGCGGAAACUGUGACCACCGACCCAACGACUGCUGCUAUAACAGUUCCUGCCGCUGCAAUCUCUGGGGCUCGAACUGUCGGUGUCAGCGGAUGGGUCUCUUCCAGAAAUGGGGAUGAACGAUCUGGCCAACAGCAGAAUCCCUAGUCCCGCUAAUGAUCCCACUGGUAUUCCUGCUGCUGGGACUACAGCAGCAAAAACAUUGUUACGGUCGUCAACAGCAGCAGCAUCAACUAUGGGGACAGCUGCUGCCCCUGGUGACCGGAACGGUGACGCAUCCGUGAACUGGCUACCGACUUUUGGAACUUUUGUACAAUACGAAACGCGAGGAAUUACGGCAAAGACUACACAGGCGAACUAUCCAACAAAUGAUGGUGUUUUAUGAUGAAAUCUGGUUCAUGCAUUUUUGAUCUCAACAGAACGAGGAGGUGAGAACGAUUCCAUGUAACUGUAAUUACGUAUGUAAUGCUUACCAAAGUAAAAUGAAGAAAAAUUUUAAAGCAAAUACAGAUUCUUUAUAACUUAAAAAAAAAACAAAAAGGGAAUUAUUUACUGUGUGAAACGAAAUAGAAAACAACAGUAACAACUAUAUUGAUAAUGAUAAUAAUGAUAAUGAUAAAUGAUAAUAAUAAUUGUAUACAGAGAGAAAAUAUUGUCUAGGUUAAUCAGAUUCAUCCUCCACUGUUUUAACGAUAUAAGUUGAGAUAAAGACGGGAGAAGAUUGAAUUACAAAUGUUGAAAUAAUAAUCAAUUAACCGAUGCUUUAAGGUGCAUUUCAAGCUUGUUUAAGAAACAAGAUCGUUGAGAAACUACGUUCUUCAACUUCGUGAAACGAUGUUCAAUGUGUUUUUGUUUCCAAUGUCCAGUGGAUUUUGAUACGACUAGUUUACUCGCUGUUUGUGUAAUGGAAACAGAUAUAUUACAACCAGCAACUAUUUAUAAUGAAAACAGUGAAGGUAGAGCAGCUAAAGGAACUAAUUUAUUAGGAGUAAUUAUUAUCAGAGGAAAAGUGAUUGGAGCACAUUCCUCCUUGGAGGACAGACCAUCGUCCGUUACCCAACCAUUUCCCAGCCUUUUAAAAUGUGUGAGUAAGAGCCGAGUGAGAAAAGUUGUCACAAGCAUUUUUCCGCUGAAACUUAAACUUGUAAACCUAUGUGAGAUAGGUGUGAAGCACAUUUAUCGUACUUCCCCUCUAAUGUUCUUAUGCAUGUGUAGUAACUAUUAAUCUCCCAUUUUCCAAUACGCAUCACGAAUAAAAAAAGCACGAACAUCAAGAGCUUACCUAUCCAUCUUAUGAAACCAUGACCAUAACCCACCCAUCAUUGCAGUUAUUUCAACAUACAAGCUUAUCAGUCCGCCUUUUGUUCGUUCCGGUGGUUCUCUCCACUUGGCCAGACUAUGCGGCAAGGUUCCACCACAAUCGUAAGCCUUCUUUUGUCUCGGUUUUCAUUCUUCAUUAGGUUAAUCUACACGAUGUUUGGCUUUGAAUGGUCUGUGCCGUAGCCAACUGGUUCGUAUGGGAGAGAAAAACAACUUAUACAACGCAACGGACCAUGGGGAAAAAGCUAUGGUAUUGAUCCGCAAGCUUUAAGAAGUCAUAAAUCACCCCUCUGCCCGUAAGCUCCCAUAUCUCAGCGCAGAUGCUGGCAAUAUCACUGCAUAUUAGUGAACCCCCACGUCUCGCAACCGAAAGAAGACAAGCCAAUUGAUAAAAAAAUGAGGGAGGAAAACAACAACAAAAAAUGGUCAAGCGGAGCGAAGCACAAAUCAAGGAAAAUUUUCCAACAUGUUUUGCUCAUUGAAAAAAAAAAUCGAAAUUAUCUCUAUCUGCUUAAAGUUUCAUUUGUAAUAGUUAGCAGCCGCCCUUUGUAAAUGUGUAUAAAGUGUAAAGAUAAAACCAACAAACCAACAACCCACAAACACAGAAGAAGGAAGCAAAAAUAGUGCAGACGAAGAAAGAAAAAGAUACAAUUAAAAGAAGUAAAAUGAAGAAUAAAAAUAAAUAAAAUUAUAGUAAAAGCCAAAACUAGAAGCAAUCCGCUUGGUUU